CCGUUGAUCACCAAACGGGACGACAUCAGUCCCAUGAACCGAUCACGAUAUGGGACGAAAUCCCGGACUACAAUGGACGCCGCCGCGAGCAAGAGAGACUUCGGUUCUUUCCAUUCUUCCAACGUGGAGGAGCUCCUCAGACUACCCGAGGAGGUCUACCAGCCACCGAAAAUCCCAGUCGACCUUCCAUCCUUCAGCAGCAGCGACCUAAAGUUCGGACGAGAAGCUAAAGAGGCUCACUUUCAUCUGAGCGCAAGCUGGACGUUUAUCAACCACGGAGCAUUUGGAGCCGUCUUGAAGGAAGCGCUGGCUGCAGCUGCGGUCUGGCAGGUGUACUGUGAGAGACAGCCGCUGCGGUUCCUGGACCGCGAGCUACUGCCUCUCCUUGCCUUCACUACAAGGAGACUGGCCGACUUCAUAGAUGCAACCCCCUCUGAACUGGCUCUGGUCCCCAACGUAACAACAGGAAUUAAUUCCGUGAUCCGCUCUGUGUGUAAAACAUUCUCCCCGCAAGACUCUGUUCUCAUCUUCAACACAACAUACGGUGCGGUGAAGAAGUUGGUGCGAACAGUGUCUGAAGAAGUGGGAUUUUCGGUCCACGAGUUAGUCAUCCAUUUCCCUCUCCACUCACACUCUCAAAUAUUGGAGACACUAGAGAGUGGAUUGAGGGAACACGAGUCUGUGAAACUAGUUAUUGCUGAUCACAUCUCUAGUAACUAUGGCAUCAUCUUUCCCGUGAAGGUCGGCUCUGAGCACAACACAUUACCUCUUCUCUAUCUGACUGUCUGCAGGAGAUGGCGACACAGUGUCAUUCUAGAGGGGUUGAAAUUCUUGUGGACGGGGCUCAUGCUCUUGGCGCUCUACCAAUCAGCAUGCGUGAUAUAGGGGCAGACUACUAUGUAUCCAAUGCUCAUAAGUGGCUCUGUAAUCCAAAGGGGUGUGGUUUCCUCUACGUGAGGACAUCACUACAGCGGAAGGUUCGACCGCUUGUCGUCUCCCACGGUUACGACUCUGGGUUCUCCUCCAGUUACAUUUGGUCUGGUCUAAAGGACUACAGCCCUUUUCUCGCCUUAAACACAGGUUCUUAUGUAAUAUUAUGCAGAAAAAUCUGUAGCCCUCAAAAAACAUUUACAUGCACAUGGGAUCAUACAAAUUUUUCCCACCUGUAAGCUCAAAAUCUUUAGCUGCCGACUAUUGCUCAACAGCUAAAACUCUCAUCUACUCUGUGUUCAGUUCUGGAGUUCUGGCAGUGCUGUGGACCAGACAAGAUCAGACAUUACAUCACCACCACAGCUAGGGAGGCAGGUAUGUUUCUCUGAGAGACUGAGAUCUGGCUGACGAGAGAGGUGAGAUAUGGUUGCACCUGUCAGGGGAAGCACUGGUGAAGUCCUGGGGUACAGAACUUCUGGCCAACUCCUCCAUGUUUGGGAGCAUGGUUCUGGUGGCUUUGCCUGACGCAGUCGGCUGGACGUGGUCACCAGAACAUGGAACGUUCACAGGUCCAUUUGACUACAGCCACGCCGAGCUUCUCCAGGACAAGCUCUACCACAACCACCAGAUCGAGGCUCCAGUAAAGGCCAUCCAAGGCAGACUGUACGUCAGGAUAUCAGCUCAUAUAUACAACACGGCCCAGGACUAUGCCAAGCUAGCUGCCGCAGUCAAUGAGAUCAACACACAAAAACUAUCAAUGAGCGGAUAAAAACAUGUUGAUUGCGACUAUUACUGAAACCCAAAUCUGUUUUUUGUGGUUAUCAAAAGUGUCUUGAGGUGAGGUCGAUAAGAGUGGCACACCCGGGAGGGUCCUCGUUCAAGGCAGCUCGCACCCUCUCCCCACACUCCCCCUCCACCUUCUCCCAUCUCCACCUGGUGGCC